AUGGAUAGGGAGGCCGUUGAGACCAUCAUCCAGGAAAAGAUCGGCCCUGCAUUCAGAAGAAUUGGCCGACCAUCCUAUAAAAGGCCUUCCCUAGAGGCUAUUAAUCGGAUAGAAUUUCCAAGGGGAUUCAGGUUUCCUGAAUUCACCUUGUUUUUGGGUGAAGAGAAUCAAUCCACUGUGGAGCACAUAGGCCACUUCACUAUUCAAUGUGGAGAAGCUGUGGCCAAUGAAUUCUUAAAGCUCCGUCUGUUUGCUAACUCUUUGACAGGUUCUGCUUUCUCAUGGUACAUCAACCUGCAACCAAACUUGAUCCAUAGGUGGCAAGAAUUAGAGCAGAAAUUCCAUGAACAAUUUUACAGGAUUGAGCAAGAGAUCUCUACGGCUGAUUUGUCACGUUUGCGUCAGAUGGAAGGAGAAUCAGUGGAGAACUUUAUUACUUGGUUCAAAAGGGCAAGGAUCAGAUGGCAUCUGGAUAUACCAGAAAGAGAGUUUGUCAAGCUAGCCCAGAGUGUAUUGGGUUAUAAUCUUCGGAAGAAGUUUGACGGGACGGAGUUUCAUGAUUUGUUCGAGAUAGUUUCUCGAGCAUCCAGAUAUGAAGGUAUUUUAAAGGAAGAUUAUCAGAGGAAGAACUCAUCUCGGGGAUCAUACUAUAGAGAUCCAAAUACGGAGAUUUAUUCGGUCGAAGUUGGAGACCAAGGAAUCAAGGAUGUCUCCAUCGAAAUCGAUGCUACUGAGGUAGUGGCCACUAGGCCAUAUGUAUGCAAAGCUUUAGCUAAACCAACAAGGAACCAAAGGAUUCCUCAUUUGGUCAUGGAUAUAAAAAAGAAUUGGCUCGAGCUAGAAAAGGUUUACAGUUUUGACAUAUCCAAAGUUGACUAA